CCAUGCAGGGACUGAUGGUUCUUCUGUGUCUGGGACUCCUCACCACCUCCGGCAGAAGCCAGGAAUUAAGGACUGGUGAGCAGGAAUCUGCAAAUCCAGAUGCUGAUCAUGCCGGGGGAGCAGAGGAAGAGGAGGACCCCUUUUACAAGGUGCCCGUGAACAAGCUGGCAGCCUCCGUCUCCAACUUUGGCUACAACCUGUACCGUCAGCAGUCCAGCCAGACGCCCACUGCCAACGUCCUCCUUUCACCCUUCAGUGUUGCCACAGCCCUCUCGGGCCUUUCGAUGGGUGCGGGAGAACGAACAGAAGCCCUCAUCUCCCGUGCUCUCUUCUACGACUUGCUCGAUAAGGCGGAGGUCCACAGCACAUACCGGGCGCUCCUGGCCAGCCUUGCCGUCCCCACCAAAGGAUUGAAGACUGCCUCUCGCCUCGUCGUGGAGAGAAGACUGCGAACAAAAAUUAUGUUUGCGAAUGAGCUAGACAAAUCCUACGGAAUCCGUCCCAGAGUGUUGACUGGAAACGCCCGCGUGGACCUGCAAGAAAUUAACAACUGGGUGCAGCAGCGAACCAAUGGGAAAGUCACCAGGUUCCUGCGGGAGAUCCCCGCUAAAGUCAGCAUCCUUCUCCUUGGGGCAGCGUACUUCAAAGGAAAAUGGGUGACCAGAUUUGACUCCAAACUGACUAUGCCGCAGGACUUCCACUUGGAUGAAGACAGGACAGUGAGCGUCCCCAUGAUGGCUGCCUCAGACACCCUCGUGAAGUACGGCUUUGAUUCCGACCUUGACUGCAAGAUUGCCCAGUUGCCCCUGGAGGGGAGUGUCAGUGCCCUGUUCUUUCUGCCCCAAAGCGUGACCCAGAAUAUGACGCUGAUUGAGGAAAGCCUCACCUCGGAGUUUGUCCACGACAUCAACAAGCAGCUGAAGUCCGUCUGUGUAGACCUGCGCAUGCCGCGGCUCAGGCUGACUUCGGAGGUGGCCCUGGCAGGCACUCUUCAAGAAAUGAGGCUCCAGGCGCUCUUUGAGACCCCCGACUUCAGCAAGGUCGCCCCGAAGGCCCUCAAGCUCUCCCACGUGCAGCACAAAGUGAGCCUGGAACUGAACGAAGAAGGGGUCAGGUCAGGGCCCCCGCCACAGGCAGACACCCCUUGCUCGAGCCUCCGCAUAGACUACCACUUGGACAGGCCGUUCUUGUUCGUGCUUGAGGACGAUGAGACGGGAGCUCUCCUCUUCAUCGGGAAAAUCCUCGACCCCAGAAGCACUUAGGCCCCUCCCUCUGCCACAGCGACCCACCUGGGGAGUGGGCAGAUGG